CUGCAGCGGAUCUAUGUGGUCAGAUAAUAGUUAGCACAUUAACUUCCGUGUCCGUAAACUCAUUGCUGCUUCCGUAUCAUGUGAAGUUCCCCCCGGCUGGACGGUCCAUCGCUGCCAGGAACAAACUCUCAAGACAAUGCGUGCAAUUCCCGAGGAGUUGUCGACGCUCAUCCUAGACCUAGAUUAUUUCCUCUGUGAUGGAUUAAAAGGGGAAAAUCUAAGUAAGAAGGCAAAAGAGAAGAGGGAAGCCUUCAUCAGACGGAUUAAUGAGGUCAAAUUGUGUUUCCCACAGGAUUUCAAGGACAGAAGUGGAGAUGAGGAGGAGGAUGAUGAGGAGGAAGUUGACAGCAACAACGAUGGAGGGUCGCUGCAGUCGGAGCGCACAGACAAGGAUGAAGAGGCUUGCGAAGGUGCCCAGCAGUCCCCACCUGUGGCGGCUCAGGACCUGACUUCGGUCUUUAAAGCGGGAUACCUUGACAAGCGCAGAAAGGAUCACAGCUUUUUUGGCACCGAGUGGCAGAAAAGAUGGUGCGCUCUAAGCCAUCACACCUUCUACUAUUAUGGCAAUGAAAAAGACAAGCAGCAGAAGGGGGAGUUCAGUAUCGAUGGGUACACUGUGAAAAUGAACAGCACCUUACGGAAAGACUCAAAGAAAGACUGUUGCUUCGAAAUAACGGCUCCAGACAAGCGAGUCUAUCAGUUUUGUGCGUCAUCGGUGAGAGAGGCGGAGGAAUGGGUGAAACAGAUAGACUUUGUGUUGAGAGAUAUGACAGGCAUCAUCCCAGAAGAUGAAGAGGAGGAACAGGAAGUGUACGAUGAUGUUGGAGCUAUAGAUGAAAUAGCUGAGUCUGAGCCGAUUGACGAAGACAUCUAUGAGGAGCUCCCAGAGGAUGAGAUUCCCGCUCCAGCAAAGCCUCCUCCAAAGGUGGAUCCAGUCAGCAAACCUGCUCCUCCUCCUGCUGCAGUUGAUAAGAGCACAGACUACCCCAACUUCUACCAGGGCUUAUGGGACUGUGCAGGUGACUACCCGGAUGAGCUAUCCUUCAAGCGUGGAGAUCCCAUCUACAUCCUGAGCAAGGAGUACCAAAACUUUGGCUGGUGGAUCGGAGAGAAGGAUGGAUCGAUAGGAAUCGUUCCCAAAGAAUUCCUGAUGGAGCUUUAUGCUAUAUAAAUACAGCCCAUGAUCAUUCCCUCCCAUCUCCACUGUGAGAGACGAUGAUUAGAUGAAAACAUUUGCAUAUGACUGAAAAACAUGUCUAAGAGUAUUUUGUUUUUUACACUUUCUACACUUAUUAUAUUUAUUUCCAACAGUUGUACCAUACCAUUUCAUGCCCUGCUUUUGGAAAAUUUGGUAUUUUCAAAUGGAAAGAUUAAUAAAGGUUUAAACAUA